AUGGACUUUGACUUUGACUCCGAGCCGAAAACGCCUCCCCAACUGCCCCCAGCACCUCCAAUCCGUACAGUUUCCACAAACAACCCGAAAGUCACGUUCAAAGGACCCCAGACCUGGAGGGAGUCGAUUGGAAUGUUCAUGAUAAUGGCUCUGGCAUUGGUUGUGGCGAUCUCCAGUCUCAUCCUCCUCUGCUACGUGUGGAAGGACAAACAAGUCUACGAUCACAUCGUUGACUUCCUCGACAAAACCAUCCAAAUCUCCAAAAUCGCCGAACGCCCAUUCCUCGGAGUUUACCAGCUAUCGGAGAAGGAGCAUGAAGUGUUGGCAAGUGAGAGAACGUACAAAUGGUUUCUUCGUGGAUAUCUAUUAUCGGAACUCGGUGUCUUUUUCUUCGUCUUCCUCGCCGGAUUCCUCUACUUUUGCUUUGAUAUUUCCGGAGGGAAGGCCAAAGUUGUGUUCUGGAUAAUCAUCGCCACCGGCCUAAUCUACGCCGUCGUGCCCAUCCACAUCUUCACGUUCGUCCUAAUGCCCUACUCCUCGAUGCUUCCGAAUGCAACCGAAAAACUGCUAAACCACGCGAUACCUCACAACGUGGGUGGCAUUCAACAAAUGGAAAUGGGUCUCGGGUGCACAUUCGAUUUGAAUUUGUACGCGGCGAAUAGAAGAAAACUUAAUCCGAAUAACACGUGUGACCCUCAAAUCGAGUCCUCCUUCAUCCCACUCUACAUGCUCAUCACCCUCCUCGUUAUCCGUCUCACCCCAAUCGCCAUCGGUGUACUGUUAGCCGCCAAAAAGACGCCGUUGAGUGAAGGUGUCGCCCAAGUUGUGGAGAAGAUAAGGAAGAAUGAGAAGCGGAGGUUAUACGUUAAGAAGCAACAACGAACCACAACCACUUUUGAUGGGGACCAUGUGAGCAAGAGCACCACGUUCGGGAUUGAGGGUACACCGCCGAGAAUUACGUCAACUCCACUUCCGCCUGUACCGUCGCCAGCUCAGAUUGAUCAUAGCAUCAGGUAA